GCUUCCAGUCUGUCAUGACAGCAGCUGGAACAGAAGCCCCUGUGGCAGGCAGAAUGACCGAGGGUGUGGAGGCUCCUCAGAACCAGAGGGCCACUCUGAGAAACGGCUUCGGUAGCCACAGGGUGAGAACCAGCACUGAUGCUUGUCACUGUUCAGAGAUGGGGCCAGGACAAGGCCAGAAGAGCAGCUGCGAACCUGAGGAGCAAGAUGACCAGGAGGAAGAGCCGUCUAGUCUGCCCGAGGAAGGGCAGUACCCUGCCGGAGGUGCAGCAGAGAGGCGCAGUGGGCAGUUGGCUCCAGAUGGAGGCUGGGGCUGGGUGGUGCUUGCAGCCACUGUGCUGGUCCUGGCACUGACGUUGGCCUUCCCCUCCUGCAUCGGCAUCUUCUACACAGAUCUGCAGAACGAGUUUCAGGCGAGCAACACUGAGACGUCCUGGGUGCCGGCCAUCAUGACAGCGGUGCUACACGCAGGCGGUCCUGUGUGCAGUGUCCUUGUAGAGCGCUAUGGUUGCCGUGCAACGAUAAUGGUGGGCGGGAUCCUGAGUGGACUAGGAAUGGUGGCCAGCUCUUUUGCUCAGACCAUUGUGGACCUGUACAUUGCUGCUGGAAUUAUCACGGGACUGGGGUUUUGCUUGUGCUUCCAGCCAUCCAUCACCAUGGUGGGUCACUACUUUGUACGCCGCCGUGCCUUUGCCAAUGCCCUUUCCUCCACUGGCACAGCAUUGGGUCUGAGCACUCUGCCCCUGCUGGCCAAUUUCCUGUUAGGCUGCUUUGGCUGGCGAGGAAGCUUCCUUGUGCUGGGUGGGGUCCUGCUGAACUGCUGUGUGUGCGGGGCUGUGAUGAGGCCUCUGGAGCCCAAACCAAAGGCAAAGAGAAUUCCAGUUCAGCCAUCGCUCCUAGACAGUGGUCUGUAUAUCCAGCGGGAGGGGCUAAAGGGUCGUCUGCAGGGCAGCAUCUCUGGACUCAUGCCCUUCUUACGCAGGCACAUGGCCUUGGACCUGAUGCGCUCAAACCCCCGCUUCCGUGCCUUUGCGCUGGGUGUGUCGUGGAUGAUGCUGGGCUUUGUGGUGCCACUGGUCUAUCUGGUGCCCUACGCCACCACUCAUGGGAUGGAGCAGGAUCGUGCGGCCCUGCUGAUGGCCAUCCUUGGUUUGGUCAACAUCUCGGUCAGACCAACGGCAGCCCUGGUCUUUGGACUGCCACGCUUCCGGGGCAGCCGCCACUUCGUCUACCUGUUUGCAGGUGCUCUCUUGCUCAACGGGCUGAGCAACUGUGUGUGUGGUGCGGCCACGAGCUUCCGUGUGCUUCUGGCCUAUGUGCUGCUAUUCGGUGCCUCUAUGAGCAUUGUGGGCUCACUGCUCUUCACAGUGCUGAUGGAGACAGUCGAGAUGAGCUGCUUCCCCUCUGCCCUGGGCCUCAUCAGCAUCAUGGAGAGUGUCACACUUCUAUUGGGCCCACCGCUAGCAGGGGUGCUGGUGGACUGCACUGGCCAUUACAGCUACGUGUUCUUCGCCUGCAGUGUGUCUGUCUCCACUGCUGGUCUCUUCAUCAUAGUGUCUUUCUACUGGUUGGACAGACAGACCUACAAGGAGGAGAAGAGGCCCUUCUCAACUAAAGAUAAUCACAGCCUGAAGCCCGCCAUUAAUCUCAAAAUUAAUGGUAGAAGCUGCCAAGUGCCUUUACAGAGGGUAACAGACCAGGACACUGAAGCUGUCACUGAUGUUUGA